CAGCUGCGGAAGGGGGAAAGGGAUUGGACGAGGGAGACAUGCUGCCAAAUAGUGAGCUUUGAGUGCUGUGGCUGCUUUGCACAAGGGGACAGGAAGAGGAGGAGGGGACCAAGCAUGGUGGUGGAAUGGGGAGGGGCAUUUUUUAUUAUCCCCACCCACUUCACCUGCUUGGGUACCCGGUUUAGUCCUCCCUAUCCCGAUAGAGAAUAAAGUGACAGAAGUUACUUACUGAGGCCAACAGGGUGAAGAUUGUGCAUACAGAUUUCUUUUAACUAACCUGUGAAGUCCUGUCUGACCUCCAAACUGGCGAUGUCAAGGGUACCGAGUCCACCUCCUCCGGCAGAAAUGUCAAGUGGACCUGUUGCGGAGAGCUGGUGUUACACUCAAAUUAAAGUGGUCAAAUUCUCCUACAUGUGGACCAUCAACAACUUCAGUUUUUGCCGGGAGGAAAUGGGCGAGGUCAUAAAAAGUUCAACUUUUUCAUCGGGAGCUAACGAUAAAUUGAAAUGGUGUUUGCGUGUGAACCCAAAGGGCUUAGAUGAAGAGAGUAAAGAUUACCUUUCGCUCUACCUGUUGUUGGUCAGCUGUCCAAAGAGUGAAGUCCGAGCCAAAUUCAAGUUCUCCAUCCUGAAUGCUAAAGGGGAAGAAACAAAAGCAAUGGAGAGCCAGCGAGCCUAUCGGUUUGUGCAAGGCAAAGACUGGGGAUUCAAGAAGUUUAUUAGGAGAGAUUUUCUCUUGGAUGAGGCCAACGGACUCCUUCCAGAUGACAAGCUCACUCUCUUCUGUGAGGUGAGUGUAGUACAGGACUCUGUCAAUAUCUCCGGCCAGAACUCCAUGAACAUGGUGAAGGUACCUGAAUGCCGCUUGGCUGAUGAGUUGGGAGGCCUCUGGGAAAACUCUCGCUUCACGGACUGCUGCCUGUGUGUGGCAGGCCAAGAGUUCCAGGCUCACAAAGCCAUAUUAGCAGCACGUUCUCCAGUUUUCAGUGCUAUGUUUGAACAUGAGAUGGAGGAAAGUAAAAAGAAUCGAGUUGAAAUCAACGAUGUGGAGCCUGAAGUCUUUAAAGAAAUGAUGUGCUUCAUUUAUACGGGGAAGGCACCCAACCUUGACAAAAUGGCGGACGAUUUGCUUGCAGCUGCUGACAAGUAUGCGCUAGAGCGUUUGAAGGUGAUGUGUGAAGAUGCUCUGUGUAGCAACCUGUCUGUGGAAAAUGCAGCAGAGAUCCUCAUUCUGGCUGAUCUACACAGUGCCGACCAACUAAAAACUCAGGCAGUCGACUUUAUCAACUACCAUGCUUCAGAUGUCAUGGAGACUUCAGGCUGGAAGUCGAUGGUAGUAUCUCACCCUCACUUGGUGGCAGAAGCAUAUCGUUCGCUGGCCUCUGCACAGUGCCCCUUUCUGGGACCCCCACGCAAGCGGCUGAAGCAGUCCUAAGCCUCGGACCUCCAUCGCACAACCCCGUGUGUGUGUGUUUGUGGUUUAUUUUUUUAAAAUAAUGGAAAUAGCGACAGAAACAGUUGCUUCUCCAACCUUGACAACCAGGUAGACGAUGCAACCUGUGGAGCUUUUUACUCUGUUGUGGGUGGGGUGGGGGGUGGGGGGUGGGGAAUAAACAGACUGCUCUGGGACAUGCAGACUUUUAACAAAAAGAGGAGAAAAAAGCACCAAGUAAACUUGGGGGCAAAUGGGGGAGGGGUGGACCUUGGGUAAAGGGGGCUGUUCAACCUAAUAUAUCCCUGUUGCUGCAUUGUCUGUGUGUUUCCUUUUGACUUGGCUGAGUAAAGAACUGGAGGGGGUUGGCCUGGCGCCGCCCCAAGACAAGAGAUCCAAAUGACGAUAUGAAAUUCUAAGGAAAAAAAACCCCAAGAUGACAAAUUGCCUCUGCAUCUGACAGCAACAGAACAAGAAGCUAGAUGUGCUGGGAGCAAAGAAGAUGCUCUCUUUGCUUUGGAAACGAUUGUAUGAGCAAAGGGUGACGGCGGAUGCCUCGAUGGAAUGAAGCCCCAUGGACGGGAGCAUCCCGGGGAUUCUCUAGUGAGAGACUUUUGAGAGGGAGAGACCUUCCUGCUGUGCUGAAAUCCCUGUGUUUGCCUUGCAGCUGUGAGGUGACUUGGCUCUCCCAGUAGCGCUUGCACACAUGAAUUGUGGAGCAGGGGGAGAAAACUCUCUUUCAAAAAACGGCUACUUUUUAGAGGCAAAGAGGGGGACUGCGUGAAGCUGUCUGGAAGACGUGGAUGGGACUGAGGCAGCCACUAGUGGCAUUCAGGAACUAUUGCAAUUGAUGCUGGACUUGGAAUCAGCUGUCCAAGGACAAUGGUUACCUAUUUAGAUAUCGUGGGAAUUUUGUUCUUCUGGUAUCUCCACCCCCACCCCCACUUUAGUUUUGUUUCCUCUUUCCUUCCUGUGAUUCCUUCACACCCUCUGAAUUCUUUAUUUCUUAAAAAAAAGAAAAAAAGAAAGUUUAUUGUUCAUGAAAACUGUGUCUAAGGUUUUUCUUUUUGUCCUGAGCUGCUAAAAUGAUUCUUAUUGGGUGUUUGUAUUCAAUUUACUGAUUUGUAGAAGACCUGGCCCUGUUCCAUUUUAAACCAAUUUUCUUUUACAGGAAUGAAGUUCCAAAAUAGCUGGUAAACUUUUUCCUUUUUCCUUUUUUUCUUCCUUUUCCUCUUUUUUGAAAUAUAAUUACUCUUUUGUA